UUUACAAAGGGCCUAGUCCAUAACUGUAACAGAAAAAUAAUACAAAUCAGAAGUAGGUAAAUUAUAUAUUUCCAUUAAACAACAUUAAAGUAGCUGCAAGUAACAUUUAACACAGCUAUAUAGACAAGGAUGUUUAUAGAUGAGAUUACACUUAAAGUCUUGCUCAUGCUGUUUAGGAAAAUGUUAAGAUAAUAUUACCUUUACUAAAAAACAUACAGCAAAAGUAGUUGAGCUAGUAUUCUAUCAUCCACAUUCCAGUAAGCUGCCAUAUAAUGAUAAUUGAUGUUUAUGAUUUGAGGGUUAUUAAAAGAUCCCCAAAUGCCUUUUAGGUUAUCAAAGAAAGAUAACAUGGCAUUUGAUAGUUUUUAAAGCUUUGACAUAGCUUUAAAGGUAAGUUAUUUGAUGGUCCUUUGGGCUUGAAUAUUUGGGAAAUCACAUAUGGUAUAGGAACAUUCUCCUCAUCGGAACAUGCAUUAACCAGAAAAAUCCAUUCUCUAAUCUACUGCACCUUAACAGACAACUUGUGAAAAAGGAAACGUGGCCAGGGCAACACACUUCCUCUUUUUGUAAACCUUAAACUGAGUAUGUCUGUCCUCACCAAUUAUAUAGGGUCCCUUGGGCCUCAGAACUUUCCACAAGUGGUUAGGUCUCUAUGGCGAUGGACCUGGCUGCUGAGGCAGAACACAGGUGACGAGGUGGGGGCCAGGCACUGGGAGACCGUAAGGAGUCUGGCUGCAGAAAACCACGGAGGGGCUUCUUGAGCUUCUAGAGCUGACUGUUCAGCCUUGUUUGGAAUUUGCAGAGCCACAGGCAGGCCUGCCCUGACUUCCCACGUGUCCAGCAAAGCGGGCACCGCCCACCAUCAGGUGGCAGCUUUGGAGGUGGGGAUGCUUUUGAUGGCUGCCCAUGCGGGGCACUGGUGGCUCCCUCUGGGACCCUGCUUCCGUUGAUGCUUGAGAUCAUCCUUCCGGCACCCUCAGAGGCUAUGACUCAGGUGGAAGGGAUCCAUCUUGCCCAGCCCCUUGGUCUCAUGCAGCCGUUCAGCAUCCCCAUUCAAAUUACACUCCAGGGUGGCCGGCAGCGCCAGGGGAGGACAGCCUUAUCUGCCUCAGGGAGGAAGAGAAAUACAGACCACAAUGGUGGGGACCCACCAGAUAGGCAAAAGCAGCUGCCUUCCAGUGCUGGAGAGGACCGAGCCAUGCUGCUUGGGUUCACAAUGAUGGGCUUCUCAGUUCUAAUGUUCUUCUUGUUUGGAAUAACCAUCCUAAAGCCCUUCAUGCACAGCACUCAGAGAGAAGAAUCGAACUGCACUAUCAUCCAUACAUGUAUCACGGAUGACUGGUUGGACUGUUCUUUCACUUGUGGUGUGGAUUGCCAAGGUCAGGACAAGUACCCUUGUCUUCAGGUGCUUGUGAACCUCACCCAUUCAGGUCAGAAAGCUCUCCUACAUUAUAAUGAAGAGGCUGUCCAGAUAAAUUCCAAGUGCUUUUACACACCGAAGUGCACCAAGAUAGGAGUGAUUUGCUCAACAGCAACCCUGGACAUGAAGGAGUUCUUCGAUCAAAAUGGGACCCCCUUUUCAUGCUUCUACAGUCCAGACAGCCAAUCUAAGAUGUCAUUCUCUAAAAAGUACAACCAAAUGGCUAUCUUCCACUGUUUCUUUUGGCCUUCGUUGACUCUGCUGGGCGGUGUCCUGAUUGUUGGCAUGGUGCGAUUAACACAGUACCUGUCCCUGCUAUGUGAACAGUACAGCACUGCACUUAGGGGCGAGAUAGGUGGCCAAGUACCUUACAGGGAACAGCAUCGAUUCAAGCUGUGGAGUGUGGGGAGAAGCAAGGGGAGGAGCAGAGAAAUCUCAAGGUGGUGGCCAAAUUGAAGUCCUGGCCUUCAGGCACCUGGGACUUCUGCACUUGAGGACUUAAUUAUGCUUGCUUGCAAAUUAGCCAUGAGAGGCAGUUAAGUACGAUAUGGGAAUGAAAAAAACAAACAAACUAUAAAGUCUCAUAUGUAUUCUGUUUAUCUUAUAAAUACCUUACAGAUUCACCAUCUUUUCUACUCCCAAUCUCUUUCCACCACAAACCAACUUUUUGUUCUCACUGGUAAAAUGAGCAAGGUAGUUUGUCCCUCACCUAGUUUCAGCUCUAGCUAGAACUUGUUCAAUGUGGAAAUAAAUGCUGAGGGUAUCUAACCUACUGAGCACUGAACCACCAGUCUAGUUCUAUGCAGUAUAGUUCACAUUCAAAUAUGUCUCAAAAAAAUUCCAGAUGAAGAGCAGUUCAUUCACCAGAGGAAGAUAGUAACCUGGUAAUCUAAAAACGUGGAUCUGCCAUUUUACUUCACCCUUCAUGAUAGGGGGAAGCCCCUGCCUCAAAAAUUCACUAAGUUUAGAGUAUUUGUACCUAACUUGACUAUGUACCAUGUGAUUUUUCUUUCAGCACUAUAUUUUUAGUUAAUUAUGCAUUCUGUAAGCUCCUGUUGUUCUUUGUGCACUUUCUGGUAAGAGUGGGGGACAUGGCUAGAAAUGUGUUGUGAAGUAGGGGUAAGCUGUAUUGGAUGGAAUGUAAAAUUUCAUCUCAGAUAAUCUGCAUUGUAGAAGAGUCUCACGUGGAUCCUCAACAACUGUCCAUACAUUAAUUGAGGAAUAAACUGUGGGUAUUAAAUAAUGAAAGUCACAAGAUUCUCCCAACAGGUUCUUUCCAGACUUAAGCU